AUGCGCUUUCUAAUACUCUUCUACCUCUUACUGUGGCCAAUGCUAUAUCAUACUUGGUAUCGUGUCGGCUAUAAUAAUAUCCUCGAGGAGAUCGUGAUUCUCCAUGGAUGGGGAAUCACCGGACGACGAUUUGACGAUGAUUCAGAUGAACCCGACUGGAGAAAAGCAAUAAUUGUCCUAUCGCGUGAAUAUCCGAUAAGCACACUGGACGAGGAAACCCGACUCUGA